GCCUCCGAAGCGGCGGUCUCGAAAAAGUUUCCCCUGCUUGCGCUUUAACUGCGAUUGACAUCUGUCCGCACUGCACUACACCCCUCGUCACGCCAUUCCCCAGACUUCGAGAUGGCAGAGAAGACAGUGCGCAAAAGCUUCCAAGAGGUGUUUCCCUCUCUCGUCGAGGACUUGCUCGGAGAAGCGAAAAAGUUCAAUCUGCCAGACAAUGCGCUGCAAUGGUUCGAAAGGUCUCUCAAUGCAAACACGCCUGGGGGCAAGCUGAACAGAGGCAUGUCGGUGCCCGACACUGGCUCUCAGUUGCUUGGACGCGCCCUCUCCCCAAAGGAAUUCAAGGACCUCUCGACGCUAGGAUGGCUGACUGAACUCCUGCAAGCCUUCUUCCUUGUUAGCGACGAUAUCAUGGACUCAAGCAUCACACGCCGAGGGGAACCAUGUUGGUAUCGCCAGUCUGGCGUGGGUAUGAUUGCCAUCAACGACGCCUUCAUGCUGGAAUCCUCCAUAUACCUCAUCUUGAAGAAACAUUUCCGAUCUCAUCCUGCAUACAUCGACCUUGUUGAGCUGUUUCACGAAGUUACGUGGCAGACCGAACUCGGCCAGCUCUGCGAUCUCAUUACGGCGCCUGAAGACAAUGUCGACUUGAACAACUUCAGCAUGCAAAAAUACACCUUCAUCGUCAUCUACAAGACAGCAUACUACUCCUUCUACCUACCGGUCGCUUUAGCCCUACACUAUCUUGAGUUGGCUACACCCCAGAAUCUCAAGCAGGCACACGACAUCCUCAUCCCACUUGGAGAGUAUUUCCAGAUACAGGACGAUUACCUCGAUGCAUUUGGCGAUCCUUCGGUGAUUGGAAAGAUCGGGACAGACAUCAAGGACAACAAGUGCGGUUGGUUGAUCAAUCAAGCACUACUGAUCUGCACUCCAGCCCAGAGGGAGCUUCUGGACCAGAACUAUGGGCAGAAAGAUGAUGAGAAGGAGGCCAAAGUCAAGCAGCUGUACAAAGAGCUGCAGCUGGAGAAGAGAUACCAGGACUACGAAGAGAAACGCGUUGGUGAGAUUCGACAACUCAUCGCAGCGGUCGACGAAAACGAGGGGCUGAAGAAGGGUGUGUUUGAGGAGUUUUUGGCCAAAAUCUACAAGCGGAGCAAGUAGAGGAUUUUCAAUGGUGAUCUGAAUGGGUUUCGGUUACACUAACUUUCAUGUAUGAGCACAUGGCUCCGAUCUGAGAGAUUCAGCACACAGGAUAGAGACAUGGCGGCCGAGGAAACAUGGGAAGAAUGCGGGACCCCGAUUGGGGUGCAUCCCGGUGAGUACCCAAGUACGGAGAAAUAGGUAUUCGUCCUCGUAGAUUUGUGAAGGCUGCUGCGGCUUUGCAUCAAUCAUAAUUGCAGACUGGCAUGUGGGUGUGGGACGCUCCUCAAGUGAAAGCCCUAAACUGCAAUAAGGAG